AUGGAUGAUGGGAUUAGCACAGAUAACAGGAUUGCAUGCGGUACGAUUGAGGAGCACACGGAUGCGGAGAAUGUCAUAACGCUUCCUCUUCCUCCCUCUCCCACCAUCUUCAACUUCCGAUCCACUCAGCCUCAGCCCAUCUGGCCCCAUGCAAUCUUCUCACUAUCACAGCAAACAAUCCACCUUCCAGAUGAAGGAACAGAGAAAUGCACACGCAUAAACAAUUUUACCAAAUGCGUUGCAUACUGUCCACGGAUGGUUACAAUCCUCUUUUCUCUUCCGACCUUAAAGAUGUCGUCACAUCUUUCCUUGUUAAGCGGCUCAAUUUCUUCUCCAUUACUACUCAGCAAUUUAGCACAGAUUUCGAAACCUCCACACUUAUUGGCACCCAAGGAUUUAUCCUAUCUAUUCAAGUUAAAGUGGGAUAGUAAGGAUGGCGAUCUGAGUAAAGUGGUAUGA